UAACAGGGCAAAGAGGAAGACAGCUGUGUCAUAUGACAAUGGGCCGAGAUUUGCACGUGAUGGAACAAAAUAAAAGUAAAGCAACCAGGAACUCAUUCAUCAUCACCUCCUUUACCGUCGUCUAGAAGUGUAGCUUGACAGGAGUGCACAGGCCAUGAUGCUCGGGAGCUUGCUGUUUGCUGUGUGUUGUAGUGCAGCACUGGCCUUUUUCAACACAAAUCUAGACCAGCACUGGGAGUUGUGGAAGAAGACGCAUAACAAGUUUUACUCCAGCAAGGAUGAAGAACUGGGCAGGAGGGAGUUGUGGGAGAGAAACCUCGAGCUUAUCACCCUUCACAACCUGGAGGCCUCCAUGGGCCUGCAUUCAUAUGACCUGGGCAUGAACCACAUGGGUGACAUGACAACAGAGGAGAUCCUGCAAACGUUAGCCACGAUUCGUGUCCCUCCUGGCUUUAAGAGGCAAACAGCAGAGUUUGUGGGCUCAUCUGGAGCUGCUAUCCCAGACUCUCUGGACUGGAGAGAGAAGGGAUAUGUCUCCAGUGUGAAGAACCAGGGUGCAUGUGGUUCAUGUUGGGCGUUUAGCUCCGUUGGGGCUCUUGAAGGUCAGCUGAUGAAGACCACUGGAAAGCUGGUCGACCUCAGUCCUCAGAAUCUGGUGGACUGUUCCUCCAGUUACGGCAAUUACGGCUGCGGUGGUGGUUUGAUGAGUGCUGCCUUCCAGUAUGUUAUUGAUAAUGGUGGAAUAGACUCCGAGUCAUCUUACCCUUAUGAAGGAGUGCAAGGGCAGUGCAGAUACAAUCCAUCUCAGCGUGCAGCAAACUGCACCAAGUACUAUUACGUCCGUCAGGGAGAUGAGGAGGCCCUGAAGCAGGCUGUUGCUAACAUCGGGCCUAUUUCAGUUGCCAUUGAUGCCACCCACCCUCAGUUUAUCCUGUACCGCAGUGGAGUUUACAAUGAUCCAUCCUGCACCACAAACAUAAACCAUGCAGUGCUGGCUGUGGGAUACGGUGCGAUUGCUGGACAGGACUUUUGGCUGGUCAAAAACAGUUGGGGUACCGGAUUUGGAGAUGGUGGCUACAUCCGUAUGGCCAGAAACCAGAACAACAUGUGUGGCAUCGCCUCAUACGCCCUCUAUCCGGUUAUGUAACUGAAACCAUGUUGACAUCUAUGAAUAUAGAUAAGAAAUGUAUUAUUUCAUAAUUUAAUUUCUUAGCUGUUUUUUUUAUUUAAUUUUUUUCAUUUCCAAUUGUCUUUUAAAGAAAUCCAAAUGUAUUUUAUGAAUGUCUUACAAUAUAAAUAAACAAUUUUAAAUGUUUUUUUUUUUUCUUAUAAAGCUUUAAAAGGAAAAAAUUAUUUCAAUCUAUUCAGUGUUUACAAAUGACUUGGUUUUAUUCAGUGCAACAUCACAACGAACAGUUUCACAUGAGGUAUUAAAGGAUUUUUCAAGAUCAGCA